AGGGAGAGGCAGCCCUGGCCACACGUGGGGGACGGUCCCGGCCCCUGCUUAGAUGCUGCUCGCCCACAGUUCUUGGAACUCUCCUUGCACACACAUUUUGUCUUCCCGUCCCCAACCCCCAGCCCAUCCCCACUCCCCCAAAGUCAGCAGUACCCUCCACUGCUUCCCAUCUCCAUGGCAACGGUGCAGGAGCUGGGCCUGGUGUGGGGGGGAGGGACCAGACCAGACAUUCUGGUUUCCUGUGCUGGGGUGGGAGUAGGGGGAGAGGAGAAAGAAGCAGACCCCACCUGGGGGGGUCCCACCCUCCUAAGGCACCCUUAGGAGAGAACAGCAGGGAUUCAGAGGUCACCCUGCACCCUAGUCCCCCAGCUCCCUGCCUCACCUCUUAGCUCCCUCCCCAGUCACCUCCUCCACGCCCUGUGCCCCUCAGAGUGGAGCUACCAGGGCCAGCAAUGCCGGGCCACCCACCCUGCAGCCAGGCCUGGACCACCCACAGGUCCUCCACAGCCUCCCACAGCCACCCAGGCCAGCAGCCGCUGUCACCUGGACAUUGCUUCCAGGACCAGCCUUCCUAGCCAGCCAUGUGCCUGGGCAGCCUGCCCCUGUCCUCCCAAGGCCACCUCUCCUAGCUCCCUCGGGUACACCCUGUGCAACACUGCCCCAUGCCACCCUCAUCCCAUGCCCCUUGCUCCCCUGGGACAGCCCGUUCCCAGCAGCCCUCUCUGCACAUGCUGGCAGCCACACUUGAGUGAAGUCACCGCUUCCAGCGCUCCCGGGCACCUCCUGCUGCCCCAGGCACGCCACACCUCCCUCUCCUUACUACAUCGCAGCCUCAGUCUCCCCUGGGGUGAGGGGCCAGGCCAGGGCCAGGAGGGCAGGAUGCCGGUCCCUAGGCCCACCUGUCUGUCCUCAGCUAAUUUUAGCUGCAUUUUUCUGUGGCCUGACAAAGUGGGCCAGUAGCUCCCGCGGUGAUUCUGCGGUUUCUGGGACAUGGCCACGCUGGGUCGGCAGCAAAGUGGGGCACGGGGGGUGGGGGGCUGCAAGCAGGGCCAAGGGCAGGGAAGGAGACAGGGGCUGGGAGCACCUUGGGGAUGUGGGCGUGUGUGCCGGAAGCAGUAGGAGCUCCGUGCAGGUCUGAGGGUGUGCUUGCCACCUUCCAGCCUGCCCGGAGCAGCGGGGCGAGGCCACCCUUGGCUGCUUCUCCCGCGCGCGGAGUCCCUGACUCCGAGUCUGACAGUCCCCCCCGGCCCCUGCAGCCGCCUGUGAUGCUGCUGUCCUCCACUGCCCCGUGGCCCCACAAUGACCCACAGCCCCGCGACAAGCGAGGACGAGGAACGCCACAGUGUCAGCGAGUGUCCCGAGGGGGGCUCAGAGUCCGACAGCUCCCCAGACGGACCAGGGCGAGGCCCCCGGGGGACCCGGGGCCGGGGCAGUGGGGCACCUGGUAACCUGGCCUCAGUCCGAGGCCUCCAGGGCCGCUCCAUGUCUGUCCCUGACGACGCCCACUUCAGCAUGAUGGUCUUCAGGAUUGGCAUCCCGGACCUGCACCAGACAAAAUGCCUGCGCUUCAACCCCGAUGCCACCAUCUGGACAGCCAAGCAGCAGGUGCUCUGCGCCCUGAGCGAGAGCCUGCAGGACGUGCUCAACUACGGGCUCUUCCAGCCGGCCACCUCAGGCCGCGACGCUAACUUCCUGGAGGAGGAGCGGCUGCUGCGCGAGUAUCCCCAGUCCUUCGAGAAGGGGGUCCCCUACCUGGAGUUCCGAUACAAGACCCGAGUUUACAAACAGACCAACCUGGAUGAGAAGCAGCUGGCCAAGUUGCACACAAAGACGGGGUUGAAGAAAUUCCUGGAGUACGUGCAGCUCGGGACAUCAGACAAGGUGGCGCGGCUGUUGGACAAGGGGCUGGACCCCAACUACCAUGACUCGGAUUCGGGAGAGACCCCCUUGACCCUGGCAGCCCAGACCGAAGGCUCCGUAGAGGUGAUUCGAACCCUGUGUCUGGGUGGGGCCCACAUUGACUUCCGGGCCCGGGAUGGCAUGACAGCGCUGCACAAGGCCGCAUGUGCCCGACACUGCCUGGCGCUCACGGCCCUCCUGGACCUUGGAGGCUCCCCCAACUACAAGGACCGCCGGGGGCUGACCCCUCUCUUCCACACAGCUAUGGUGGGGGGUGAUCCCCGCUGCUGCGAGCUGCUUCUGUUCAACAGGGCCCAGCUGGGCAUAGCAGACGAGAACGGCUGGCAGGAAAUCCACCAGGCCUGUCAGCGGGGCCACUCCCAGCACCUGGAACACCUGCUCUUCUACGGGGCUGAGCCUGGAGCCCAGAACGCCUCGGGGAACACGGCCCUGCACAUCUGUGCUCUCUACAACAAGGAGACCUGUGCCAGGAUCCUCCUCUAUCGAGGGGCCAACAAGGAUGUGAAGAAUAACAGCGGACAGACGCCCUUCCAGGUGGCCGUGAUUGCUGGAAACUUCGAGCUGGGGGAGCUCAUCCGAAACCAUCGGGAGCAGGAUGUGGUGCCCUUCCAGGAGUCCCCGAAGUACGCAGCCCGGCGACGGGGACCCCCGGGGGCAGGACUGACGGUGCCCCCUGCGCUGCUCAGGGCCAACAGUGACACCAGCAUGGCGCUGCCCGACUGGAUGGUGUUCUCUGCCCCGGGGACUUCAUCCUCCGGGGCCCCGGGCCCUACCUCAGGGCCUCAGGGCCAGUCACAGCCCGCGGCCCCCACCACCAAGCUCAGCAGCGGGACCCUCCGAAGUGCCAGCAGCCCCAGGGGUGCCCGGGCCCGCUCCCCGUCCCGAGGGAGGCACCCUGAGGAAGCCAAGAGGCAACCCCGAGGACGGCCCAGCUCCAGUGGGACUCCCCGGGAAGGGCCUGCCGGCGGCACGGGUGGCUCUGGGGGCCCCGGGGGCUCCCUGGGCAGCCGAGGGCGGCGGAGGAAGCUCUACUCAGCAGUCCCUGGACGCUCUUUCAUGGCUGUGAAGUCAUACCAGGCCCAAGGCGAGGGCGAGAUCUCCCUGAGCAAGGGCGAGAAGAUCAAAGUGCUCAGCAUCGGAGAAGGAGGCUUCUGGGAAGGCCAGGUCAAAGGGCGAGUCGGCUGGUUCCCUUCUGACUGCCUGGAAGAGGUGGCAAACCGCUCCCAAGAGGGAAAGCAAGAAAGCCGAAGCGACAAGGCAAAGAGACUCUUCCGGCAUUAUACCGUGGGCUCCUACGACAGCUUUGAUGCUCCAAGCUUGAUGGAUGGGAUUGGCCCAGGGAGCGAUUACAUCAUUAAGGAGAAGACGGUCUUGCUGCAGAAGAAAGACAGCGAGGGGUUUGGGUUCGUGCUCCGGGGGGCCAAGGCGCAGACCCCCAUCGAGGAGUUCACCCCCACCCCGGCCUUCCCGGCGCUGCAGUACCUCGAGUCCGUGGACGAGGGGGGCGUGGCAUGGCGGGCUGGACUGCGGAUGGGAGAUUUCCUCAUCGAGGUGAAUGGGCAGAACGUGGUGAAGGUCGGCCACCGCCAGGUGGUGAACAUGAUCCGGCAAGGGGGCAACACGCUCAUGGUGAAGGUGGUGAUGGUCACCAGGCACCCGGACAUGGAUGAGGCCGUCCAUAAGAAAGCCCCGCAGCAGGCCAAGCGGCUCCCGCCCCCGGCCAUCUCCCUGCGCUCCAAGUCUAUGACCUCAGAGCUGGAGGAAAUGGAAUAUGAACAGCAGCCUGCGCCGGUGCCCAGCAUGGAGAAAAAGCGGACUGUGUAUCAGAUGGCUCUCAACAAACUGGACGAGAUCCUGGCUGCAGCCCAGCAAACCAUCAGCGCUAGCGAGAGCCCUGCGCCUGGUGGCCUCGCGUCCCUGGGCAAGCAUCGGCCCAAAGGCUUCUUCGCCACCGAGUCAAGCUUCGAUCCCCAUCACCGCUCCCAGCCAAGUUACGAACGUCCUUCUUUCCUGCCUCCGGGACCUGGGCUCAUGCUCCGACAAAAAUCUAUCGGGGCUGCAGAGGAUGAUAGACCAUACCUAGCACCCCCAGCCAUGAAGUUCAGCCGCAGCCUAUCUGUGCCUGGUUCAGAGGACAUCCCCCCGCCGCCCACCACGUCCCCGCCAGAGCCCCCCUACAGCACACCCCCGGCCCCCUCCUCCUCGGGCCGCCUCACCCCCUCCCCGCGGGGAGGCCCCUUCAACCCCGGCUCCGGGGGACCCCUCCCCGCCUCCUCCCCUGCGUCCUUUGACGGCCCCUCCCCUCCCGACACGCGCGUGGGGGGCCGGGACAAGAGCCUGUACCACGGCGGGCCCCUGCCCCCUGCGCACCACCACCCGCCGGCCGGGGGCGGGGCCGGGGGCGGGGCCGCUGUGGCCGGCGGGCCGGAGCUGCUGGACACCUACGUGGCCUAUUUGGACGGCCAGGCCUUCGGGGGCAGCGGGACACCCGGCCCGCCGUACCCCCCGCAGCUCAUGACGCCCUCUAAGCUCCGAGGCCGCGCUCUGGGGACGGGUGGAGGCCUGCGACCCGGCCCCAGCGGGGGACUCCGAGACCCUGUCACCCCCACCAGCCCCACCGUCUCCGUGACGGGCGCUGGCAACGACGGGCUGCUGGCCCUGAGCGCCUGUUCGGGGCCCUCCGCGGCAGCUGUGGCCGGUGGCCCGGUAGCAGUAGAGCCAGAAGUCCCACCGGUGCCCUUGCCCGCGGCCUCCUCCCUGCCUCGGAAGCUGCUCCCCUGGGAGGAGGGCCCGGGCCCGCCGCCACCACCCCUGCCCGGGCCCCUGUCCCAGCCGCAAGCCUCUGCCUUGGCCACCGUCAAAGCCAGCAUCAUCAGUGAGCUCAGCUCCAAGCUCCAGCAGUUCGGAGGCUCCUCGGCAGCUGGAGGGGCUCUGCCCUGGGCCCGGGGAGGCAGCGGGGGCAGUGGGGACAGCCACCACGGCGGACCCAGCUACGUCCCCGAGAGGACCUCCUCCCUGCAGCGGCAGAGGCUGUCCGACGACUCCCAGCCCUCACUCCUCUCCAAACCCGUCAGCAGCCUGUUUCAGAACUGGCCCAAGCCACCUCUGCCGCCGCUCCCCACCGGAACGGGGGUGUCGCCUUCGGCCACCGCAGCCCCUGGGGCCAUCUCCCCCUCCGCCUCCUCCUCCUCCACCUCCUCCCGCCACCUCCAGGGCGUGGAGUUCGAGAUGCGGCCGCCGCUGCUCCGCCGGGCGCCCAGCCCCUCGCUGCUGCCCGCUUCGGAGCACAAGGUCAGCCCCGCGCCCAGGCCCUCGUCUCUGCCCAUCCUGCCUUCGGGACCCCUCUACCCGGGCCUCUUCGACAUCCGAGGCUCCCCCACCGGAGGGGCGGGAGGCUCUGCGGACCCCUUUGCCCCCGUCUUCGUGCCGCCGCACUCGGGGAUGUCCGGGGGCCUCGGAGGAGCCUUGUCGGGGGCCUCUCGCUCCCUGUCGCCGACCCGCCUGCUGUCGUUGCCCCCGGACAAGCCGUUUGGCGCUAAACCUCUGGGCUUCUGGACCAAGUUCGAUGUGGCCGAUUGGCUCGAGUGGCUGGGCCUGGCCGAGCACCGAGCGCGGUUCCUGGACCACGAGAUCGACGGCUCCCACCUGCCCGCCUUGACCAAGGAGGACUAUGUCGAUCUGGGUGUCACCAGGGUGGGCCACCGCAUGAACAUUGACCGGGCUCUCAAAUUUUUCCUGGAGAGGUGAUGGCUGGCCCGGACGGACCAGCCCGUCCACAGAACCCUCGGGCCAGCCGGCCUCUCGCUCUCUGACCCCGGACCAUGUUCUCUCGCUCCGUUCUCUCCCGGGCAGGGACUCUGCUGAAACUGUGCCCUGCCCUGUCUCCCAAGGCCUGAGGUCACCAGGUGGCCCUACAGGCCGGACAUUUGCACCUCACAGGAGGGGGGCCGCUGACAUGAGAACGCGUGUGACUCUCUGGGGAGCGGAGGGGGGUUGGAAGGUAUCACACGGGGACUGAGGAGGAGGGAAGGGUCGAUCCUGGGGGAGGGGACAGACAGAGCCAUAGAGGGUCAGCCCUGAGCCUGACCGGAUGGGGGCGAGCCCCAGACCGCAGGGGAGGGGUGCCCUCACAUUCCACCACCUGCCGCCCCUCUAGCAGCCUUCCCGCCUCUCCAGGCCCCUUAGCUCCCCCUCGCCUCUGCCCUGCGCACACAGCUGUCCUCCCCCCUUGCACGCUCAGCUCUGUUGCACGCCUGCUUGCCCACUCUGCUCCCCCUCAGCUGCAAUUUUGCACAAAUUUGCCCUCUCGCUAUCUUGCACACUCCGCCUUCCCUCCUGGCUUUCAGUUUUCCUUGCACCGUGUUUCGUCCCCCAAGCCCCCCAGUGCUCUUGCGCACCCCUUCUCCCUGGGGCCCUCCCCUCACGAAGUCUCCCCCACCUGCCUUCCGCUCACGGCGGUCCCAUGAUGCAGACACAUAUGGGACCCACUUUCCCUGCCCCCCCAGCCCCUGCACACUCCCGCCCUGGGGCUCCUGUCUUUGCUCAACUUCUGCACACUUGCUGUCUCGUGCUCCCCCCAUACAUGCAUCUCCAUUGUCACGCUGAAGUACCUCCCCUCCUCACCGAACCCCCAUCCUGACUGUGCUCACAGUGACCCCCCAUUGCACUGUCACUUUGGCCCGCUUCCCGCACUCGCGCCCAGCAGAACUGCUUCCACACGCCCAUCCCCACGCCCUCUGCGCAGCCGGUGCCCAGCCCGGUCCUUGGUUCUUCCAUGAGCCCACUUGCACACGCGCCUUCCCCAGUGCUCUCCUGGCUCCCUGGGGCCUCCUCUUUGCUAAUGCACCCCGACACGGCUGUACGCGCCUUGGCCUCUGCCCACUCCAGGCGGCUUUCCCACCCGCCCAGAGCUCCACCCUCCUCCCUUUGCGCCCUCUGCCUCCCACGUGCGCGCGGCCGGCUGCCGUUUCCUUCCCGAUGCCUCGCUCUGUCCACCUCGCUCCCAGCUUGCCAGGCUUCCUCUCUCCGCCUGCCACGCCCUCUCCGGGCCAUUUCCCCCUCCAUGCUGCACGAGUAUCCCCCUCCAGGCUUCCCUUCUCUCCAAGGCCCCCUUCCUCCCUCCGGCAUGGCUGCUCCCUCCCGCACGCUGCCCUUACACCUUAUUCCUGGGGCUUGGGAAAUUUACAGCCACCCCUCCCCCUUGGAAGCCCCCUCCCUUGCUGUGGGUAAAGGGGGAGGGCACUGCCCUCAGGUUCCCCCCAUGUUCAGCUGCCAAAGAAGGGCGCUCCCCUCCUUCCCCCAAGCCCAUCCCCCCUGCUGCCCCCACCCCCACGGGGGGCGCUCCGUCCACGAGGGGAGGGGCAGCCCUCCCCUCACCAUGUCAGGGAUCUGCGGGGAACCUUGUGGGAGGGUCGUGGGAGGGGGGAGGGGUGGCAGGAGAGAAGCAGAGGUCGAGCUGGGCCCCUACCCGCCCCCUCCCCCUGGUCGGAUGCCCCCAGUCCGCGGGGGGCCUGCGCGGCGCCUGUCUAUCAAGGGCUUGUUCAUUCUGGA